AUGGCUUUUGAGCAAAUUUUCGGCUUAGUAGCAGUGAUCAUUGUUUCAACCGACGGCCACCCGUUUGUGGGACACCAUAAAUUGGAUCCAUCGUCCCGGAUCAUAGGGGGUGUGGCCGCCCCUGAAGGAUACGCUCCGCAUAUGGCAGCACUAGUAUGGGGCGAAGCUGUCAAGAGUCUGGUCUGUGGAGGAUCUAUAGUCACCAGCACCCACGUGCUCACUGCCGCCCAUUGUAUCGAUCCUAUGGUGGUACACGGAGAACUAUUACCAUCUUUUCGCGUGGUAGUCGGCUCCAACCAGUGGGCCUCGAGCGACAACGUCGCAAAGGUCAGCCGCUACAUCAACCACCCAAAUUGGAACCCGGCUAACAUCAAGAACGACAUUGGAGUGCUCUUCUUAGCUGAAGAGCUGGGGCUCAACGAUCGAGUGGCCGUUGUACCGUUGAGCUUUGACUACGUCGAAGGCGUUGUGGACAGCUACGUCACCGGAUGGGGACGGGUCGGGGUUCAAAUCGAAAACGACGUCGUGAAUCUGUUUCCCAUACCCGACGAUCUUCAGCUGCUGUACGUGGAGACGAUAUCGCCUCAGAGCUGCGCUAUGGGCUUGCGAGAGGCCUCCGACAAAUACGGCCCUGCACCGCCGAUGGACCCCAAAACAGAGAUUUGCACAUUCCACUCUGUCGGACAUGGCAUGUGCAAUGGUGACUCAGGCAGUGCUAUGGUUUCAAAGGCGACGGGUCACCAGAUUGGGAUUGUGUCGUGGGGGUUUCCCUGCGCUGUUGGCGCGCCCGACGUUUUUGUCAGAGUCAGCGCCUUUAAGGAAUUUCUAAUGCCCUUGCUGGUCAAA